AUGAACUGGAUAUUAAUCGUUCUAAAUUGGUUCGUCAGUGGAUUUUUCGGUAUGAUUCUGUUAUUCAUACCAUUGGCAUUGCAGUACGAAUACGAAUCUCGGAUGUGUUUGCUUACUAGUAAAGUUUUUCACACUUCAAUCAUCGGCGUUAUGAUCGCUUUUUGUUUUCCAUUUUUGGCCAUUAUCUUUCUCUACGCUCUGAUUCUCUAUCAUACAACAACAAGUCGUCGGCAUCUGAAUGUUUUUAACACCAUGCGAUUGCGACGGAAUUUGAAAGUUUUUCAGAUGAUUCUGAUGUUUGUUUGCAUACUCGCCAUUGGUGGCACGCCUUAUUUUAUUUGUGUAAUGAUGAACCGUGUUACGCAAAUUCCUUGGCCAUGGUAUUCGCUCUCGAUUUUAUGUAUUUCCUUGUCCGCUGCAUUAGAAUCGUUAGCAUUAUUGUUUAGUAAUUCGUUUGUUCAGAGACGAUUUCUCGAAUUGAUUCAUCUUCAACAACGCACUGAUAUCAAUAUUCUGAUAGAUCAGCAUCAACACUCGACGAAUUAUAAUAAUCGCGCUGAAAAGAUACCAUUGAAUGUUUCGCUUUUGACGACGAAGGAUAAUUUACGUGAAGAGAGUAAAGUGAACUGA